GCCACAACAAGAACGCAGUCUGUUACCAUGCACUCCACUACUUUGGCCGCUUUCGGUUUCCUGGGCCUUCAGCUCACUGAUGUAGCCGGUUUCCACGUGCCGGUGCCGGUGCAGCAGGCUCACAACAUGCGCAGCACGCCGGCGAGGAUGGCGACCGAGGGCACAAACGAGAGCGGGCUCAAGAAACUCACGAUCAGCUCCGGCGAUGCGUCUGCGGAGGUGUUCACCCUCGGCGGCUGCGUGACCAGCUUCAAGGUGAAGGACUACGACUACCUCUUCGUUCGCCCGGACGCCAUGAUGGACGGAUCCAAGCCGAUCUCGGGCGGUCUGCCCCACUGCUUCCCCCAGUUCGGGCCGGGCGUGAUUCAGCAGCACGGCUUCGGCCGUAACCUUGAGUGGGAGGUGGUCGGUUCGACGGACGACUCUGUGUCCCUCAAGCUCUCUGACAACGAGGAGACGAUGGCGAUGUGGCCUCACCCGUUCGAGUGCGUCUACAAGGUCGCCCUUGACGGGACGACUCUGCAGACCGAGCUGGCAGUGACCAACACGGGCUCGGAAGACUUCGAUUUCCAAGCGGCGUUGCACAGCUACUUCCGUUGCUCGGACAUCAACAAGGUGACCAUUUCCAGCCCUAAGCUGGACGGCGCCUCGUACCUGAACAAGAUGAAGGACCCUCCCGCCACGGAAACUUUCUCCGGCACCAAGAUGACGAUCUCCGAGGAGGUGGACCAGGUGUUCAAGGGCGUCACGGGCGACGUUUCCAUCAACGACGCCGGGAACAGCCGCGUCCUCGUCGUGAGCAACACCGAGGGCUGGGCGGACACGGUCAUCUGGAACCCUUACGGCAACGAAGGAAUGGGAGCGGACAACUUCGUCUGCGUGGAGAGCGCCCAGGUCGGCGGGGAGAAGCUCGCCGCGGGCAAGACGUGGACGGGAAAGAUGAAAUUGUUGCCGGCAUAA